AUGUUCAGAGCUGUACCAUUAACCCUAAGAGCUAGCCGUGGCUUUUCUACUAGUUUAAUCAGACGUAAUGUCAUUCAAGAUUUAUAUUUGAAGGAAUUGAAGUCUGUGAACUUGAAGCCAGUCACCGCUGCUGAUGCCCAAGGCGCUGUCAAGCCAUGGACUGCUCCAGCUGCUCCAAAGAUUCCAGAACUAGAACUUCAAUCUGCUGAUGCCUUGAAGGAAUACGCCGCUGCCGAUGUGGAAACCGUUAAGGAAGCUACUGAACAAGCUAAUGAAGUUGAAGAAGGUGACUGGUUAGUGUUGGAAGAAAUCGAAGAUGACCACCACCAUUAG